GAACUGGAAAGCAGGUAGAACUGUUGCUGUAGAUUUCUUUCUCUCUUGACAGAAUUUGGAGAGAUUCUUAAUUCUCUGUAACUGUUGUGUUUUGAACGGCUUUCUGGAAUUUUUGCUGAGCUGGCUUUGAAGCCAUGUUUUGGAGCGGACGGUUCUGGAGACGGGCCUUGGUGCUGCAGCUGUACCUCCUGCUUCGGACUUCGCAGACGUGGGCUGGCACAGAAGCCUCGGCUCCCCCUCCCAUCACGGCAGCCUCCUUCCUACAGGACCUUUUCCUCCGUUACGGUGAAGAGGACACGCUCAGCCUGCAGCAGUUGAAAUCUCUGUUGGGGCACCUGCAUGUGGGCGUCGAACGGCACAAUGUCAGUCACACGCAGCGGCAGCCGCCACAUCACUGGAACAUCUCCAAGUGCUUCAGUUCUUCAGAACUCUUCGCCACCCACAAUCUGAGUGAAUCGUCCCAUCUCGGGCAGAGGGAGUUCAAAGAAUUCUGCCCGACUAUCUUGCAGCAGCUGGAAUCAAGGGCAUGCCUGCCAGAGAACCUGGAGGAGGAGGAGGAGGAAGGGAUGAAGGAAGGGAAGCCAAGCUCCACAGAAGUCUGGGGAUACGGUUUCCUCUGCGUGACCAUCAUUUCCCUCUGUUCCUUGAUCGGGGCCAGCGUGGUUCCUUUCAUGAAGAAGACCUUUUACAAGCGGUUGCUCCUCUACUUCAUAGCUCUGGCAAUCGGCACUCUUUAUUCUAACGCCCUCUUCCAGCUCAUCCCUGAGGCCUUUGGCUUCAAUCCACAGAAAGAUGACUAUGUCUCCAAAUCUGCGGUUGUCUUUGGGGGAUUUUAUCUCUUUUUUUUCACUGAGAAAAUACUGAAGAUGCUCCUGAAACAGAAGGAUCAGCACCUUCAUGGACACAGCCAUUACAGCAGCGAGUCCCUCCCUUCUAAGAAGGACCAGGAAGAAGGUGUGACUGAGAAGCUGCAGAAUGGAGACCUAGAUCAUAUGAUCCCUAAUAAGGGCAGCGAUUUGGAAUGCAAGAAUCCCGCUGCUGAUCAGAAGGUUGUUAGCACCUUGUCUGUUCAGGACCUCCAAGCAUCUCAAAGCAUGUGCUAUUGGUUGAAAGGGGUGCGUUACUCAGACAUCGGCACUCUGGCUUGGAUGAUAACCUUGAGUGAUGGCCUUCACAAUUUCAUUGAUGGGCUGGCUAUUGGCGCCUCCUUCACCGUCUCGGUUUUUCAAGGCAUCAGCACCUCGGUGGCCAUUCUUUGCGAAGAAUUCCCGCAUGAGCUAGGAGAUUUUGUCAUUCUGCUGAAUUCUGGGAUGACAAUCCAGCAAGCCCUUUUCUUCAACUUCCUCUCUGCUUGCUGUUGCUACCUGGGCCUGGGCUUUGGGAUAUUGGCCGGCAGCCACUUCUCAGCCAACUGGAUCUUCGCUCUAGCAGGCGGGAUGUUUCUCUACAUUGCAUUGGCUGACAUGUUCCCAGAGAUGAACGAAGUCAGCAAAGAAGACGAGAGGAGUGGAAGUGCUUUGAUUGCAUUUGCGAUUCAGAACGCUGGACUGCUGACGGGAUUCACUAUCAUGGUGUUGCUCACUAUGUUCUCGGGAGAAAUCCAGCUCGGGUAGAGGCUGAAAAACUCCAGGUCUGUGGACUCUGCUAAGCACAGUUUAUUUUUUAUUUAUUUUUUUUGUCAAGGAUUUCAGGAAGGGACAUGUUUAUUCAGCCUGCUUCUUAGAUUUCUUAUUGGACUGACAACCUGCACAGGCUGACAACUUUUCUCUCUAGCAAUUAAACGACUGGGGGAAUCAUUUCUUAAAGUUACAACAGCAUUUGUCUCUCCUUCCUACCCUUUUCUCUCUCUUUUUUCCCCCCCAUAUUUGGAUGGAAUCGGUGAAGAAAGGCUUCUAAUUUCCUGAUGUUGCAUUAUUCUUGCUUCCUUCCCAGGCACAAGUAGCUUGGUGCAUAUCCCUUUUAAAGCUACAAAAAUACCAGCAAAUUGGCUAGCAGGAUGCCUUCCCCCCACUUCCACACCCCGAUUACUAAGGACAGUAAUGUUUUAAAUUUUAAGCUCUGCAUCAGUUUUGGGUCAGUUAAUUGGUUGGUUGGAGUCACUCCAAAUUUUAGAAAAUUAGGUGGCUUCAGGGGGUGGGGGAAAUCAGAACUAAAAAUUACAGCAGGUUAGAGAACUGUUUGGGGGAAAUUGGCCUUAAGCAUGGGUUAGACUAGAAAAUCGCUGUGGUCUCUUCCACUCUGCUAAAUUACAUUUUUGUGUGAGAAAGGAAAAGUGCUUUUUGUGACCUGUGCACCGUCCAAACAUGAAAGAACAUGUUAUAUUGAAAAUUCGUACCAAUGAAUGCAGUGAGCUCUAGUUUACGUAGGAAUGUAUGUGGGGACAACUUGACUUAAAAUUCCUUUAUUCAAAUGGCAUCGUUAUAUAUUUCGGACUCCCAAGAAAAAGAAAAAGAAAAAGACCAUCCUGGAAGACACAUUUUGAAGUCCUUUUGGUGCCCUCUUUCCCCUCUUGUUUUCAAAAGGGAUAUCUUUUUCAGCCCUUCCGUUAACAUCUCCUUCUUUAAUUUCCUUCAAAAGAUUCGCCCGCAGGCUGGCCCACGCAGCUGCUAUUUUGCAAGUUGAUUUUGUGUAGGAUAAAUCUGGCCAGUGUGGAGUCUAUUUAUAUCUGGAAAGAAAUGAUGUAUGAAGUAGUUGGACUG